GCCGAAGAUGUUGGCUCGGUCAUGUGAUCAGCUGUGUCCAAUCACAGCUGAUCACAUGCAAACACGGAAAUGCCGGUCAUUGGCAUUUUCUCUCCUCUCGAACUGUCACGGGGACAUGUAUACUGAUCAUCAGGGCACUGAUGAUCAGUGUGCCCUGAUGAUCAGUGUAGCCCCAGCAGUGCCACCUGUCAGUGCCAGCUGUCAGUGCCAUGUGCUAGUGCCUAUCAGUGCCACGUCAAUGCCACAUAUCAGUGCCCAUCUUAGCUGCCUUUCAGUGUCAUCCAUCAGU